GAGAUACGAAGCUGCUGCCAUGAGCCCGGGACGCAGCUGAGGUUUAUUUUCUUAUAAGGAAGCAUAUAAAGAAAAGAAGAUAAAAUGAGAUCGAAUCACCCCACUGCCCCCUGUGGAAUGCUAAUAGUGGAAACUAGACCGAGCACGCAGCGUUCAGAAAUUUCUAUAUUAGGAAUGAAAUUACCUAAAUUACUCAACUAGCAAUAUAAAUUAAAGGUAAUCAUAAAGAAUUGAUCACUGCCAUGCAUAUAGUAAAAGUGAUAGUCCUGGGCGCUGCCGGCGUGGGGAAGACAUCCCUCAUUCGCCAGUUCGUCUUCAGCGAGUUCGGCGAGGAGAACGCGCCAACCGAGACGAAAGCCGUGUACCACCCCACGGUCGUGUUCAACGAGCACGUCUACUCGAUGAGGCUGGUAGACCUACCCGUCAUCCCUUACUUCCCAGCGGACUCUGCCAGCGAGUGGAGAGACUUCCGGGACUACGGGCUUCGGAGCGCCUCGGCCUACGUCCUGGUGUUCGACCUCAACGACCUGGAGACCUUCCAGUACGUGAAGAGUGUGCGCGACCAGAUCUGCGACACGCGCGACAUGCACAGCAUCCCGCUCUUCGUGGUCGGCAACAAGCAGGACUUGCUGAGGGAAAGGGAGCGGCGGGAGGUCGCCGGGCUCGUGAAGAAGCAUUGGAAGUGCAGCUACGUGGAGUGCUCUGCCCGCCAUAACUGGCAUGUAGUGCUACUCUUCAGGGAACUCGUUAGGGCUCUCGACUACGUGGAUUAUGGACAGAAAUUACCGUCGUACAGUUCCCCACGUUUCGAGAGCCUGCACGCGCAUAGAGAUAGGAGGGGGGAAUCUGUUGUUAAGUGCUCUAUCAUGUAAGGGAAGGAUUGGUGUGCGAGGCGAUCUACCGCUUUAAUAUUUCAUAG